AGAAAUGGAAGAUGUUUCAAGGGGUGGUAGAGGUUUAAGAGCUUCUGCUCCAGAGUUUACCUUUCAAGACGUAAGAAAGCACUCGGAUAGUUUUCAUGGUUAUUCCGCAAGUAGCAGCGAUAUUUCGAUUUCGACUGCAGAAGAUGAUGUCACCCUGUCGGAUGACGUCCCUUCUUUUAGAAACCUUAACUAUUUAGUGAAUUCAAAAGCCGGUAAUUUGGCUGGCUCAUCUUUAAUAGAGACAACAAGGAAACAGUCACUGGGCAGUCCCUCGAGACAACCAAGAAAGAAUAUCGUUUUUCAGGAAAAUCUUAGUGAAAAAAGUUGUAUGACGGAAGAUCUUUUUGAAGAGAGUCGCUUAGUACGAAGUUCCAAAAAGAAAGUUGACUGGAUUUUCUGUUCUCAUCAAAUAACCUCUAGCCUUCCUACAACAAUCAACCAGUAUCACUCUCUAUAUCAGAUAGAGGAAACAUCUUCUGGAGUUCCUGUGUUUCUCAACUAUAGAUGUCUGUCAUCGUCAGAUGGAAAAGUUUACCUUCUUCGAAGAGUUCUUGGAGCUGUACCCUUUGAUUCUCAGUUUGUCUUAAAAUGUGUGGAAAGAUGGAAAAAAAUUCGGCAUCCCUCUGUUGUCCCGCUAUGUGAAGUGUUUUCUACUUUUGCUUUCACUCAAGGAGCUGCAAAUGAGCUUGUAUUUGUUUAUCCAUUUUACGACAACGCCCAAAUAUUUCGAAAGGUAAACAGUAUUUGUAAACUAUUUUCGACAUUUCAGAAGGGACUUCAGGUUUAUCUACCCAGUGAGGAUGAAGAGAACAAGCAAGUAUUUCCCUUACCUGAGAAAGUGAUUUGGACCAUAUUGAUACAAUUAAUUUCUUCAUUGGAUGCUUUGCAUUCAGCAGAGAUGGUUGCAGGCGAGUCAUUGUCAUCUUCAGGAAUUCUUGUUGUGGGUACGCACAGAAUCCGGUUGAAUAAAUGCGGUAUCGCCGAGUCGCUUUCAACUGAUUCGGUUGGUAGUAAAAACUAUUCUCAAUACAGCACUUCUUUUGUACUUGAUAUUGAAAGAAAGAAGCAAGAUGAUGUUUGGAGGUUGAUGCAUCUUUUAUUUCUUUUGACUCUUCGUAGUCACGCUUCCAUCGUAAAGAAUGGAGUAUUGCAAAUCGGGGUGAAUGAUGCGCUCAAUGUAUUGCAGAGUAUGGCUUUUUAUUCUCACGACAUUUUGCAUAUUCUGUCGUUCCUUGUCGAUCACUAUAAUAGGACCUUACCUGUUUCCAUAACACAAAUUUGUUCUAUAGUGGCACCACAAAUAAUUUAUGACUACGGACAUGUAUGGCUUCAUGCGGAUACCUUGGAAGCUGAGCUGGAUAGAAGACUGAAUUCUAGUCGGUUAUUUCAACUCAUCAGUCUAUUCGGUUUCGUCCUGGAUUGGGAUGACAGUUCUACAAUUUCACAGUGGUCCGAAACAGAAGAUAAAUUUGUCCUUAGAUUAUUUUAUGAUUAUAUGUUCCAUCCAUAUGAUAAUGAGAAUAAGUGUUUUCUUGAUAUAAGUCACGUGAUUGAAUGUUUAAAUCGAGUGGAUGUGGGUUCUGAAGAGCUCAUGCUUCUUGCGUCCAAAGAUAGCAAAUCUCUUUUGGUUGUUUCCUAUGCGGAUAUAAGAUGUAGUUUAGUAAAAGCACUAUCUGAACACGGAAUAAGUCUAUGAUGAUACGCUCAAAAAAAAAUAA